GAAGAAAGCUUACCAAACCAACCGGCUGACAGCCGUUAAGUAACCAGGCUCUGUGUUUUACAACAACCCUGCUGGACCACCUCACCACUGGCAGACAUUAGUGCACUAACAUGUUACUCUCAUCGCUGCGGACGACGGUGUUUUGCGGCUGUAGGAGCAGCUCCAAAGGGUUUCAGCACAGCAGCCGGAGUCCACAGCUACGACAAUGGCUUGUGAAGAGAGGUCAGAGCACCGUCACAGUGGAGGCAGGAGCCGCCUCCACUCCAGCAGUAGCUACUGUCCCCAACGCAGCCACAAAUCGCAUAGUCGGUCGCUGGUUACUGGGUUGCAGUGGGCUGGUGGUUGGAGCUGUUGUCUUGGGUGGCGUCACAAGGCUAACAGAAUCUGGGCUUUCCAUGGUUGACUGGCAUCUGGUGAGAGAGAUGAAGCCUCCUCGGUCACAAGCAGAGUGGGAGGCUGAGUUUUCUAAGUACCAGCAGUUUCCAGAAUUCAAAAUUAUGAACCACGAUAUGACUCUGCCAGAGUUUAAGUUCAUCUACUACAUGGAGUGGGGGCAUCGUAUGUGGGGCAGGCUGGUUGGACUGGCAUACAUCCUCCCCACCAUUUACUUCUGGAGGAAAGGAUACUUUACUCGCUCCAUGAAGGGAAAAGUGCUGGGGCUUUGUGGAUUUGUCUUCUUCCAGGGCCUGCUGGGGUGGUACAUGGUAAAAAGCGGGCUGGAGGAGAAGCCUGAGUCUUACGACAUCCCUCGAGUCAGCCAGUAUCGCCUAAGUGCUCAUCUUGGCUCUGCCUUGUUGCUGUACUGUGCCAGUCUGUGGACAGGGCUUACUCUGAUGCUGCCAGCACACAAGAUGAGAGAAACCAGUCGUCUCAUGCAGCUGAGGAGGUUUGCCAAGGGUACUGGUGGACUCGUCUUCCUCACCGCACUUUCAGGUGCUUUUGUUGCUGGUUUGGAUGCCGGGCUGGUGUAUAACUCUUUCCCUAAGAUGGGAGAAAGAUGGAUUCCUGAUGAUCUGCUUGCCUUCUCGCCUACCCUCAAGAACUUCUUUGAAAACCCAACAACUGUACAAUUUGACCACAGAAUUUUAGCAAUCAGUUCUCUUACUGCGAUUACUGGCCUCUAUCUGUUCUCAAGGAGGAUGAUGCUGCCCAGGAGGGCAAAGAUUGCCAUCAGUCUUCUUGCAGCAAUGGCCUAUGGACAGGUUGCCCUUGGUAUCAGCACCCUGCUACUGUAUGUCCCAACUCCACUGGCAGCAACUCACCAGUCUGGCUCUGUGGCUCUUCUCUCGUUGGCCAUUUGGGUUCUGGCAGAGCUCCGCAAAAUGCCCAAGUAAAUGGCUAAUCCAUUAUGGACAAAUCUAAUCCCAAGCAGCCACACAGCACGCCUGUAAAUGUCAGCGAUGACACUUUGAAUGAGGAAUUCAGAGAAACAAACUGCUGAAUCUGAGAAAUGUUCUUCAUUUAACACUGGACUUUUAUGUACAUGCUGAAGCAUAUGCGAUGUGCAUCUUCAUCACGCUAUUAUUAAAGCAGGAGCAUUUUUUGAUUGUUGUUGAUUUAAACAUUACAAAAAUACAUCAAGGCUGAUGUAUUUGUUUGGUUAUGCCAGGAAUUAAACAAAGAAAUGCAAAGCUAAUUAGCUAAUUAGGCUAAUUAAGCUAAUUAGGGGUCGACCGAUAUGGUUCUUUCAUGGUCAGUAUCGAUACCAAUUAUUAGCAGUCACGGAAACAAAUAACUGAUACACAUUUGCACUGACAAUAUAAAUGUUGAUAUAAAAAUUUAGAAUAGUGCAAAAUCCAACACAAAGCGUUGUUGAAAUGCAGUAUUUUAUGUUUUACAUAUGUAAAUCAUAAAAUAAAUAACCUUUCAGCAUUUAUUAUUCCGUGUUGAUAGGCUGUUACUAGUGAUGCAUAGCCAAUCAGGUAACGCUGUGGGGAGGAGUUUGCUCGAGUUCAGAGUGGUGACUACAGAUGGAGCCAAGGUAAUCCAUUUCAUUAACUUAUUUGGUAUGAAAGUGGUUUUCAAAAAGGAACGAAAAUCGGAAAAAUCCUAAAUAUUGGAUUUGAUAAUUGGAAAAACUUCAUCAGUCGACCCCUGAAGCAAGCGUUUACUUUCUGUCUAGCUUUAAUUACAUUGCAAUAAGAUUUCCAGUGAAGAGUUUAUUAAAUAUUUGCUUUGCAAGCAGCUGUAACUCUUACCGUUUCCAUUGAUGUGCACAGUUUUAACAGGUUGUUCGAAGGAAAAUUUGGCUAUUAAAUGGUCACCUGUUGCCUUGUAUCAGGACAUACACUGCCUGUUGGUUGAGGCAGAUUAGGCUCCUGGGAUUAUAUGUAUAAUUAUGUAUAUUUUAAAUUAUGAACCAUUUCUUGUUGACAUUGUCUUGAUGAAUUAUAAUGUAAAAAAAAAAUGGAGUAUUGACUGAUACUUUGUAUUUUAUCUUGCUGAAUAGAGUCUUAUUUCAUUAAAGACAGUUAUGUACAGUGUUUAAAAUUCAAA